AUGGUCUUAAAUAUUAUACUGGUCCGCUUCGGAGUGGAACCAAAACAAGAUUCUGGAGACUCUGAUUUUGGAGGCAAUCUUAUAUCACAGUUGGGAAAUGAUGAAAAUUUGGAUCUCUCUCACGACGAGGAGUACGAAGAUUUGAGGGCAGAAUUUCUUGCCUACCACACUGCCUUAGCGUCGAUUGCUUCUGAUGGUCGAAGGUCGAUGCUAACUACACCUUGCUGGAAACUUGGUGGGAUUUGUAUCAACAACAACCUUUGCACUGGAUUCAAGUUUCUCACAGAGGUCCCCGGAUGCAAGGAUAAGUUGAAGGUUUGCUGCUUCGUGUGGAAUAAAUUCAAUGUAAGGGAUCACAGACACGAGGGGAUCGGCUCGCUGGCUAUGCCUUGGACGUUGCAGCAGGAGUUUGGUGGAGAAGGCGUCGUUGUGGUUGACAAAAAAGCUAAAUCGAAAAAAAAUAAAAAGAAAACUCUGCGAUCAGCUUUGAGAUCCACUCGUAAUCGUAAUGACAAUGACUUCAAGAGAAUCGCUUUUAUAAUAACGGUAUAA